UAAUUUUGAAAAGCUGUAACCGGAUGUUGUCAUCUCUUCACGCAAAUCUCGCAGCCUGAACUUCCGUUGCAAUCAGCUCCUCCUGUGCAGCGCUCCCAACAAACAAUUUUCGAGCUGUCUGAACGAACUGAUAAUGUUGUCCUACAUCAUCGGGCUGAUCCGAGGCGGCUUUGAUGGCAUCAUCAACCUCAUCUUCAGGCUGUUCUUCUCCAAGAGGAGACCUGCCAUCACCUUGGAGGAUCCAAACAUCAAAUAUGCGCUCAGGCUAAUUGACAAACAGAUUGUGAGUCACGACACCAGGAAGUUCCGCUUUGCUCUGCCUUCUCCUAAACACAUCCUCGGCCUGCCCAUCGGCCAGCACAUCUAUUUGUCUGCAAAAAUAAACGGAUCUCUGGUCGUCCGCCCGUACACGCCCGUCUCCAGCGAUGAUGAUGAAGGCUAUGUGGACCUGGUGGUGAAGAUUUAUUUCAAAGACGUUAAUCCGAAAUUUCCAGAAGGGGGGAAGAUGAGUCAGUAUUUGGAGAGCCUGAAGAUCGGGGACACGAUUGAAUUCAGGGGCCCCAGUGGGCUUCUGGUCUACAAAGGCAAAGGAGUUUUUGCCAUUCAGCCGGAUAAGAAAUCUCCAGCUGUGACCAAGACAGCCAAACAUGUGGGGAUGAUUGCUGGAGGAACAGGGAUCACCCCCAUGCUGCAGCUGAUCACUGCCGUCACAAAGGAUCCUCAGGACAAAACAGUGUGUCACCUGCUGUUUGCCAACCAGACUGAGAAGGACAUCCUGCUGAGAGACGAACUGGAGGAGGUUCAAGCCAACCAUCCAGACCGAUUCAAGCUGUGGUACACAGUAGACAAAGCGCCUGAGGACUGGGAGUACAGUCAGGGCUUCAUCAAUGAAGACAUGGUGAGGGAACAUCUCCCACCUCCUGGUGACGACACGCUCAUCCUGAUGUGUGGCCCUCCACCAAUGAUCCAGUUCGCCUGCAACCCCAACCUGGACAAAGUGGGCUUCUCACAAAGCCGCAGGUUCGCCUUCUAGACGUCCGUCCGCCCGCUUGGAGGAAGAGAGGUUUGGAUAUUUAAGGGCCUCUAGCUAUUAUUUUU